CAUUGCUGACUCCGCCGCGACGGGAUCAGCAGCGCUUCUCUGGCUUGGACCGUCGGGGGCUGCGAAGCGCAGCUGCCACUCGGAUCUCGCCUCUCGGAUCUGACCAUCCUCUCCCCACACCCCCUCCCCCUCCCCGCCAGGGACUCGGCAGAGUCUGCCGGGCAUCUCCUGUGUCUGCUGAACCCAGGCCGAGGCCGCCGAACGCCGAGAGAUGGCCUGGGUCGACCUGCACAGCGCGGCCGCCCGCGGCGACCUGGACCAGCUGCGGCGGCACUGGUGUCUGAAGAAGUUCCUCAUCAACAGGCGCAACCCAGACAAGCUGACACCUCUGCAUCUUGCUUGCAUAAAUGGCCAUGCAGAUGUUGUUCGGUUUCUAGUAGGCAAGAGUUGCAAGCUAAAUCCUCGUGACAAAUAUAAGAGAUCACCACUGAUGCUGGCAGUACAGCACCAGCACAGAGAUUGUGUGGCUAUUCUGCUGGAGCAUGGUGCCAACCUUUACCACAGAGCUGCUACUGGUAACACCGCCCUUCACUUUGCUGUCCUGAUGUCUAGCAAAUCUCUAGUGGAGCUGUUACUUGAGUAUGGCGCAGAUAUUGAUGUUAAGAAUGAACUGGGAUACACUCCACUUACUCUUGCGAUCAGUGAGCGUUGCAAAGGGAUGAUCGAGUUCCUUCUUCAAAAAGGAGCUGACGUGAAUGCUACAGAUACUCUUAAAAGGACCCCUCUGGAAGUUGCUGCUAUUCUUCAGGAUAAGGAUGCAGCAGAAGUUCUUCUUCGCAAUGGCGGUGUUAUCAAUAAAGAAGGCCUUGGAGCAUUUGCAGUUCGAGAUUUGGAAAGACUAUUUGGAGAUGAGUUCAUUGCUAAUGAAGGAGAGGAAUAUGAAUGCUCUGAAAGGAAGGGACCAUGUUCUGCCGGAGGCACAGAAGAAAUUAACAGCUCUUGCUCUGGGACAACUGCUGACAUUCUCUCAAAUACACCUGCAUUGCCAGAAUCAUGUAAGACUCUUUGCUAUCAAGGAGGUGUCUUGCCAGGAGUGAGAGAAGAGCAGAAGAAAGACAAAGACUCCUCCUGGGAUUCUGAGACUGAUUCCAAAGGUCGAGGGAAAGUGUCCGCUGACCCGACGCUUCCUGCUGCAGUGGGCAAGAGUUUGGAUGCGCGCUCUGUUGCACUGGAGCACGGCAAAGGAGCCUUGCCAGCAGCAGAAGAGCAGAAGGAAGACAGUGACUCCUCCUGGGAUUCUGAGACUGAUUCUGACGGUCCCUGGGAUGUAUCAAAAACUGUGCUGCUUCCUGCUGCAUUCGGCAAUAGAUUGGACGCGCGUGCUCUGUUAGUACGGAGCAGCAAAGGGGCCUUGCCAGCAACAGAAGAGCGGAAGGAAGACAAUGACUCCCCCUGGGAUACUGAGACUGAUUCUGAAGGUCCAGCAGAAAGUGUGCUGCUUCCUGCUGCAGUGGGCAAAAGUUUGGAUGCGAGCUCUGUUGCAGUGGAGCACGGCAAAGGGGUCUUGCCAGCAGCAGAAGAAGAGCAGAAGGAUAACAAUGACUUUUCCUGGGAAGAUGAUGACUUUUCCUGGCUUUUGGAGACUGAUUCCAAAGGUCGAGGGAAAGUGUCGGCCGACUUGACACUUCCUGCUGCAGUGGGCAAGAGUUUGGAUGCGCGCUCUGUUGCAGUGGAGCACGGCAAAGGUAUCCUGCCAGCAGCAGGAGUAGAGCAGAAGGAAUAUUUUGACCCUUCUUCUAAGAAUAAGGUUCCUAUCCUGGAGGCAGAUCUUCAGCUAAGAUCUGAUUCUUCAAGUCAAACAGAUUCUCAGCUGGACAGACAGCCAUUGGUCAGGCAGCUGCUGGAGAAGCCUGAUGAAGUUCUCAAAAAGAACUCCCUGGCAGAACCUUCACUUGGAGCUAUGAAGACCCACAGCAAGGACCUGAAGGAAGAGAAACCGCUGAUGCAGGAGAAACUGGAGAGGUCUGAAGCUAAGGAACCAAAAGAGCAUCAUAUCCAGAAGGAGUGUUUUGCUGCGUCAUUGAAGAGUGCCCCAAAGGAGAAGGAAAUAACAACUUCCAGGAACCUGCAAGGCCUUCCUCCUUCAUGGAACGUGUCUUUACCUGCAGCUAUCGGCCAGCUGCGAGAACGCAUUUACUGUCUCGAAGUUGAGUACGCCAGGCUGGAAGCCACAGUCCAGCAACAGGCCCAAACCAUUGCAAUGAUUGAGAAGUUCAGGCAAGCCCAAAAGACAUGCAAGUGCUCCAUCAUUCACAGAGGAGCAAGGCCCAAGCUGCCAUAAGAAAGAAGCCAUCUCUCCAGUGUAAUUAACCCAGCAGUGCUUGGGUCAUUUCAGCGAAGAUUCCGAAACAAACUACACGGAGAGGGGUGCUCUGGAGCUGAGAAUCAUGCCAAGGGAGCAAGACGAGCUCUCCUACCCAUUAAGACCUCGAUACUAGGGCAGAGAGAGUCCCUUACUCUCAAGUGGGAAGCAGUGGAGCUGUGGCUCAGGGACAGCUCUGACUCAGCAUGGAUGGCAUCAGCAGGGACCCUCACCCCUAGAACAUUCCCACCCCUAGAACACCCCUACUCCUAGAACAGACUAAUUUGUCUAUAAUGUGAGGAAAUGAAGUACCAAGUCGCCACAUUCCAUAUUGCCUAAAUAGCAGCAAGAGGCAAUAAGAAAUGCAAAAGAACUGCACAUUUUGCGUAAAGCUUUGGAAGGCUGUAGAGACCUUUCACGCUCAGAUAGCCCAAAGCAGAGCACAAAGCAUCUGGCAGCAAUCAUUCGGGAUGCACCACAGCUUAAUGAUAGGACUGGCCUUGGCUGCUGCUGGUAUAAGAGUGAUGAGCCGAGCUGAAGGGUGAUGCUGCUUGCAUGCCUCUCAUCUUUCAUGGGUUAGCCCAGAAGGACCCACAACAUGUAUUACUGAGCAGUGAUGAUUCAGCAUCAUCCUGUUGAUGACAGGUUUUGAGAUGGAGUAUUGAUGCCAGGUCGUGACGAAACACUGGGAAUUGCCAAGAGACUUCCAUGGAUGGCCCAAAAAAGACAAUUGUCUUAAAUCAUAUGAGGCUAAACCUUUACAGCAGAACUUAGAUAGAUAAACAUUUAAAAAAUAUAUAGCCAAAUAGAAGUAUUUAAAUUAUGUUUUUUACACAUAGUGUUUUAGCAACGUUUAAGCAGUUCCUGCACAGUCUUACAAAAAUUCACAACUCUGAUUUCUCUUAAAUCCCCCAAAACAAAAUGGAUUUCAUGAUCCAUAUCUCCAUAAGUAUUUUGCAAGCAUCGGUUUCAAUACUGCACAACAAAGGAUAUAAAUAUUGGGUGGUUUAAUGACUUUUUUAAUCCUUGUGUAGGCUAAAGUAGAGCUAUUAUGAAUAACAGGAGAUAUGCAGAAUUCUGCAUGCCUCUUUAGGUAUAAUUGUCUGUGGACUUCCUUCUUUCUCAUUAAAUUUAGCUUACAUGCAGAUAGUAAUCUACAGCAGAUGUGCACAAAGUCCCAAAGUACCUGUUCCAAGUAUUAUUAGGUGGUGUGGCGGCACAAAUUUAUAGCAACACAUAGUUAACUUUAGGAUUUAAUUUUAAAUAUGUAACCCCUAUAACGCAUACGUCAUGGUCUGUUUGGAUCUCUCAAACUUACAGGACAAUAUAUUCUGUAACCUAAAUUUUGUUUUAUGAGCUCAUUUGGAAAUAAA